AUGGAAAUAUUCAUAGAGCAAGUAAGGAGUCACACAUGUUUAUGGGACACAGAUAGUGUUGCGUAUAGAGAUACUGCAAGAAAAGAUUUGGCGUGGAAAUUAGUAGCGAAGGCGUGUGGCAUGGUUAACGGGGCUGAAGCAAAAAAUCAAUGGAAAAAAUUACGAGACAGUCACAGAGAAGCGAUGCGAAGGAGAAAAACUGCAACAGCCUCACAAGCCCAAGCUAUCGGGCCAUGGAAAUAUGAAAAACUAAUGGAAUUCUUACUUCCCCAAAAUAGAGAAAGCUAUGCAAAUUUUUGCAAUGAAAGUUACUCAGAUAGUCAUCUGGGCUUGUCUAUGGACGAAAAUGACACCAACGGAGGACCUUCUACGAUUGAAGUAGAAAGAGAAAUGAGACGUCAAUUAAAAGAGAAGGAACGAGAAGAAAUGAGACGACAUUUUUAUGACGAGAACAGGGUAAUGCGUGAUGCACUCUCGGAUUUAUUUUCCAGUAUGUGCCAAAAAACGCGUGAACUGCCGAAAUAUUUACAACUUAGAGUACAAAGAGAAAUAUUUGAAUCAGUCACUCGCGCUGAAGAAGAAGCCUUGUCGUACGAAACGACAUCUGCAAACUCAUCGUAUUAUAACCCAAAUGCUAAUAAAUAUGGGCAAAUAGGAAUUUGUGAAUUAGCAGAAACUAAAUAUAGAUACAAUGAUAGUCCAUCGCCGAGUACGUCUGUGAUUGUGCCGGAAGAAGAAGAGGAAGUUAAAGUGAUUAAAUGA